CGAUCGCAUUGGCGCGUCUGCAGGUCUCGCCUGUAGGUCAGUGCGCGGUGUUGAAUACAUGGUAAGGUCUUCAUUAAGAGGCGCUUUGCUGAAGGAGAACCAGACUUGAUUAUUGCCGAGCUCCUUACUUCGCGACGUGCGUCUGGCCCGUGCAGCAGAGCCCCCCACAUCUGCAACGUUUGCUUCAUUGCAUUUGCAAUUGCUAUCAGUCAAAAGCUUUGCAUGCUACUGCUAGCGAGAACUGCAGGGCAAGACGUUUUCUAAGAGCAACAAGGUGGUGCGCGCGGGUACAAUAUAGCAUCAUACCCAAUGACAACAGCUUCACUGGCAUCCACGCGGCACAGUCUGGAUGCACGCGCCAACGCUGAGCUGUCUUCCUACCGCAACCCGCCACGCCUCGCCAUCGACUUGUCGGGGCUCGCGGGUUCAACCGAUGAACCCCUCGCUCCAUCACCGUCAUUGGUUACGGCACCGUCGCCGUCAGGCACCACCAACGCUCCCGACUGCGGCUCCUCGGACUCGGCCUCUCCGUCGUCGAAGAAGGUGGGCUUACUAAAGGAGCUGAAGCAAAUGUUCUCAUCCAAUCGCCGCCACCGAGGCCAAGACCAGCAAGGUCAUGGCCGCCCUCGGGAUUUCACAUCUGACGGCGGGGCCGACCCCAUCGCCGCCACCGCUGCCUCCUCCUCCCCUGUCGCCACUGCCGCAGCUUCCCGAGCCGCCGCUGCCGACGACGACCCGACACGUGCUGCCACCGCCUCCAAGCCGUCGGCCGGCCGCAGCAGCAGCAGCUUCCGGGCCGUGCGGAUGAAUUUCAGCCGCAAAAUCGCUGCCGCUGAUGCCGCCCAACUGGACAAAAGCACCAGCCACCACCAUCACCACCACGCGCACCACCACCACCGCCAACUUGCAUCGCCGCCGCCGCUUGAACCACCGCAUGGCGCCCAUGGCAGCGGCUCUCUGAGCAGCAUCUUCGCGCGGAUCAAGUCUCCCAUGCGCCUGCUGUCCACCCUGUCUGUUGGCGGACUCAAGUCUCCCGUCGAGAGCCUGGCGUCGGCGCCUUGCUCGCCGCCGCCACUGGCCUUGAGCUGCGUCGGCGACGUGACCCCGCCGUUGCCGUCGCCGUCUUGCCAGCAGCAGCAACAUAACCCGAACGGCGCUGCCGGCUCUGUCAAGCGCAGCAGCAGCGUCGCUGCGUCCCGCACCCUUACCCGCGGCGUCGGCAGCAACAGCGUGGCCGCCAGCAGUGGUGGCACCGGCGACGUUCGCAACUACCGCAACGCCGCCGCCAGCGCCACCGCCGCGCUGGCAGCAGUGUCAGUGGCAUCCAACACGGUUGCUGCCGGUUUCGGCAGCGGCAGCGGCUGCAGGGCUGUAGCCCCGGUGGAAGCCAGCGGUGACGACGACACAGCAGCAGUUGCCAAAAGCAGCGGGAGCUUGAACGGCGGACACACGGCGGCGGCACAGCGCCGCCUACUGCAGGCCGUGGUCGCCGCCGCGUGCCAAACGGAUAAGGAUGGCGCCGCCGCCGCCGCCACCACCACCACCGUCACCGUCGCGAUGAGCCGGUUCAACAGCUGCCCUGCACCCCGCGUUCCCUGCGUCCUCUCGGCCGGGCCGGCGCGCCCUCAUCACGCGGCGCCAGACCCUGCUGCUGGCGGCGGCGCCGCUGGCACCAGUGGCAGCAGUGCCGCUGGCGACGCCAGCCUCCAAGGUAGCAGCAUGCUUCACAACGGCAGUGCCGAGGACGGCCGCAAUUCCUACUGGAGCGCCAUGCACACGACAGGCAGCGACGGCGUCAGUGGCAGCGGCGGCGGCGGCGAUAACAGCGCGCAAGCUGACUACUUUGCAACCGACACACCGCAGAUCCCGCAGAUCCCGUUGCUGCCCUCCGCUGUGCCGCCGUCAUCGACGCCUGUUCCGGCGCACUACCAACACUACGGCAGCAAUUCUUACAAGGUCAUUGCUGUGGCAGCGGCACACGAGGCGGCGGCGGCAUCCAUCAGCACGCGAGCAGCCACGGCCAGCGACGGCGCCCCACAUCAGCAGCAGCACCCCAGCAACCGCAAUGGCGGCGGCGGCGGCGGCAGCGGCUGUUAUGGCAUGCACGGCAAACCCGCGCGUAUCUAUGACAGUUUAUGGAGAGGCGUGACUAGGUCUGCCGCGGCCGCAGCGGCGGCGGCGGCGGCGGAGGCGGGUGAUGCCGCCGGCAUCGCUGCCUCCAGUGGCCUGGGGCCUGGCAGAAACGGCAGUAGCAGCGGCCGCGCUGGAGGCGCCGCCGCCGCGGCCAGCAUUGGUGCCGGCGCCGUUGGCGACACCGGUGAUUACACUUCGCUGCUGCUGUCUGCCUGCGUGCUAACGCCGCUUGAUGAGGAAGAAGAUGACGAGGACAGCGGCUACGCCGCCGCCAGAAGUGCGGCAGCGGCUGGUCGCGUGGCGGCGGGGACGAUGAGCCAGCUUGCUGCCGCUGCCACAGCCGUGCCCGGUGCUGCUACUGCCGCGGCCUCAGAGCCCUGCACCGCUCCAGCAUCGGCCGCUCCUCCACCCUCAGAGGUCCACCUGGCAGGUGCUACUGCUGCUACUGCUGCCAAGGCCGCAGCCGCCACCGUCGCCACAGCCGCUGUAGCCGUGACCAGCAGUACCACCGGCACUCCAGGUGCGACAGCAGCCGACGCAGGGCAGCACCAGGAGGAGGGUGAGGGCGGCGCGGCGCUCUUGGCCAUGAACGACGCCGUACCGCCCACUAUGCCGCGCCGUACCUGGGAUCUGUCUGACUACGACAUUACUAAGCGCAUCUACAAGGGCGCCUUGUCUUGCGUGUACCGUGCUACCUGCCGCAAGUCUGGACUGCCUGUGGCGCUCAAGGUUUACUUCAUGGCUCGUGUGCCCGCCAACACGCUGCACAUGCUGCGCCGCGAGAUCGAGCUGCACAUCGGCCUGGCGCACAAGAACAUCAUUAUGCUCUACGCGGCCUUCCAUGACUCGAAGCACCUGGUGCUGGUUCAGGAGUGGGCGGAGCGUGGCGACUUGUUCGGCGUCCACCGCCGCAUGAAAUGCCGCCUGACCGAGACGCAGACCACGGAGCUGCUGCUCGCCCCUUUCCUGGAUGCGCUGGCAUCGCUGCACCGGCGCGGCAUCGUGCAUCGCGACAUCAAGCCCGAGAACAUCCUGUACACGCAGGGCUGGACGCUCAAGAUUGCGGACUUUGGGGUGUCGAUCUGUCUGCGUGAUGAGCGGGCGGUGACGCGGGCCGGCACCGUUGAAUACAUGGCCCCCGAGGUCGAGCGCUGCCCGCUCAAGCGCACGUCUCACGAGAACAAAUACAACCCGAGCCUCGCCUACACCGCAUCUGCUGACAUCUGGUCGGUCGGUGUGUUGGCGUACGAGAUGCUGGUCGGCUUCCUGCCCUUCGUGUCGGAGGCAAAUGAGAUGCCGCCGAAGGCAGGCGGGGAUGGCGUUGCUGUGGCCGCCUUCAUGGCCGCGGAGGCCAACACCCGCGCGCUCUCCUUCCCCUCGUCGCUUUCGGAGCCGGCACGUGACUUCAUCCGAGCCGCUCUCAGCGAGAACCCCUGCGACCGGCCCACAGUUGAGCAACUGCUCCAGCACCCAUGGAUUGUGCCAGCUUUGGAGAAGCACGAGAGGCUCAGGGCUCGCAUGACGUAACGGGCGGACACGCACGCCGCCGCCUGCAUCGACAGCCCUCAUGCGGCGACGCUCGUUUGCACCACUGGGGUGUGAGUGCAGCCGCACAUGCCGCGCAAAUACGCGCUGGCAAUAAGUACCGCAAGCAUGCACCCCGCUGUUGGCACGAGUUGCGUGACCUGCGCAAUGCCCAGACGUUGGUUAUUAUUACAGGAGGCAUGCACCGGGUAGGGCAUGGGGAAUGAUUAAGGUCAUUCGGGUCUCUGCGAGCACGGGGGGAAGUCCACGAAAGGUACCUAAGCGUCAGUAUUAAGUAUGAGGGUAACAAGUAAACACGUGCAAAUGUGGAUAAUACGUGGGCGUAUGGCGGUGCUGAACCGCGCACUGCUGAACUCUGUUGGGUUCUUUGGUGGGUGCGUGCCUAGCCCAGCCAAGGGUUGCAUGCUCGGCUGGCUUGGCAUGAACGGAAUUUGUCGUGGCUGCACAUAUCCAUUCAUCCGUCGGAUGCAUGCACACGCUGCCACCUGCUGCGAGGUGGGACGGCUGAAGUCAAUCACGAGGAUAUUUGGCAAACAGUAACGGGCUGAUAAGCACCAGUCAUCAAACACAACAUGCGGCGCACUCGAUUGUGUUCUCGCGACGCAAGCCGGUGAGACGGCUUUCUUCAGCCCAUCCAUUAACUAACACAAGCAAAUUACCAUGUGUUACGGAUGCAUGGAGGCGAGGGGGGGGAUUGGGUCGGCUGUGUUAGCGUUGCUUAAGCAUUAUGGUGUGUCUCUGUGGCAACUACGGUGCUGCUGGCUAUUUUUCAGGGGGGGGCGGGCCUGUCGCACACACGCACGGAAUGAAGACACACGCAUCGUGGGAUGUGGGUAGGUAGGUUACAUCAGGCGCUUGGGUCGGAAGGUAGUUUGCUCGCGGCACAUCUAUGUUUGUGUGCGUGUGGAAGGACAAUGGUUGUGGGUCAAUAUCAGGCAGGGGCGUGUGCGUGGUCGCAACACUGGUGAAUGGGCGCCGUUUGCUGCACGGGGCGUGUGUGUGUGUGUGCGGGGGGGGGGGGGGGGCUGGACUCCGUGUCA